AUGGCAUCCUGCACCGCCAGCAGCGUGAGGGGCGUGCCCAGCGCCCGGAACCAGGGAACCACCGUGCCGCGCCUGCAGCCGUGCCGGGUCCCUGGCCUCUGCCCCACCCCCUCCCUCGCCCAGAACGGACGAUUGUCCGCCCAGACCCUUCGUAGCGUGCCUCGACGAUCCCUGACCGUGCUGGCCUCAUCCAAGAAUGGAAACUCGGCUGCCCACACCUCCACGCCCACCAAGUUUGACUAUGAUCUUGUGAUCAUCGGGGCCGGAGGUUUGCGCGUGGCCAUCAUCGAGGGCCACGACAUCGGCGGCACCUGCGUCAACCGCGGCUGCGUCCCCUCCAAGGCCCUGCUGGCGGCGGCGGGGCAGGUGCGCAAGCUGAAGGACGCGCACCACAUGAAAGCGCUGGGCAUCCAGAUCGAGGGCCUGACCUACGACCGCGCAACCAUUGCGGGGCACGCCCAGAACCUGGCCCAGACCAUCCAGGGCAACCUCAAGCGCUCCCUCGUCGCCCUAGGCGUGGAUAUCUUGGUGGGCCAGGGCAAGUUUGCGGGCCCGCACACCAUCAAGUACAGCCUGCCCGGGCGCGUGGACGUGGGCGGCAGCGUGACGGGGCGCGACAUCAUCAUCGCCACCGGCUCCGUGCCCUUUGUCCCCCCCGGCAUCGCCAUCGACGGCAAGACGGUGUUCACCAGCGACCACGCGCUGCGCCUGGACUGGGUCCCCGACUGGCUGGCCAUCAUCGGGUCGGGGUACAUCGGCCUAGAGUUCUCCGACGUCUACACCGCGCUGGGGUCGGAGGUCAGCUUCAUCGAGGCCCUGCCCAGCAUCAUGCCCGGCUUCGACAAGGAGAUCGCGCGCACCGCACAGCGCGCGCUCAUCUCCGCGCGCGCCAUCGACUUCAGGACGGGGGUCAUCGCCUCGCGCGUGACCCCGGGCGUGCCCGGGGUCAAGCCCGUGUCCAUCGAGCUCAUGGACUUCAAGACCAAGGAGGUGGUGGACGAGCUGGAGGUGGACGCCUGCCUGGUGGCCACGGGCCGCUCGCCCUACACCAACGGCCUCAAUCUGGGGGCGGUGGGGGCGGCCACAGACCGCCGCGGCUUCGUUCCGGUCAACGACAAGAUGCAGGUGACGGACGGCGCAGGCAAGCCCGUGCCCCACGUCUACUGCAUCGGGGAUGCCAACGGUAAGUACAUGCUGGCCCACGCCGCCUCGGCCCAGGGCAUCAGCGCGGUGGAGAACAUCGUGGGGCGGCCCCAUGUGCUCAACCACCGCUCGGUCCCCGCCGCCUGCUUCACCCACCCCGAGGUGGCGUUCGUGGGCCUGACGGAGGAAGCGGCGCGUGAGGAGGCGGCCGCCGGCGGCUGGGCCGAGGCCGUGGCCGUGGCCAAGACCUACUUCAAGGGCAACUCCAAGGCGCUGGCGGAGGGCGAGUCGGACGGCCUGGGCAAGCUGAUCUACCGCCGGGACACGGGCGAGAUCCUGGGCGUGCACCUGUACGGCCUGCACGCCGCCGACCUCAUCCACGAGUUCUCCAACGCGCUGGCCCAGCGCCAGAGCGUGCAGGACCUCUACUUCAACGUCCACGCCCACCCCACCGUCUCAGAGGUGGUGGAGGAGCUGAUACGCCAUGCCAAGGUGGAUGGCGUGACCGACCCCAAGCUGGCGGGCCAGAAGAAGGACGGGAAGGUGGCCGCUACCGCUUCGGCCUGA